AUGGGUAAUGUAAACGCUCUCAAACCAACGCGAAGAGGCCGGCGAAAGGCGAAACGGAAAGGGAAGAAAGUCAAAUAUGACUUUGCGCCUUCGGUAAAGAUACCUCGGUCUCCAACUUUUGUGGUGGUAGUUGGGCUAACCGCUAGUCUCAAGGAUAUGAGGGGUGACGAUAUAGGAAACUUGAUCGAGUCAACAGCAGCGGGAGACUCCGACAGCCUGCGAGAGGGUAUCCAUUCACUGGCCUGGGCCCUUGCUAUUGCAGAACAGCCAAAUUGCCCGUUGCUCAAGCUCCCACCUGAAAUCCGCCAACAGAUCUGGCAGUAUGUCAUUUUCGGAUUUGAUAGGUCCGAUCGCCCUAUCAUUUACGUAGAGAGGCACGGCGUCAGGUUCAUUGAUGGAUACCUGUCCCCCAUCAUCUCAAUCUGUGCUAAACUGUCACGCGUCUGCCGCCGAAUGUACGUUGAUAUUGUUGGAUCCGCGCUCCUCUAUAAGCGUGCAGUCUUCAGUAUUCCUGGCCCCGCCACUGUGGCUAGUUACCUUGCUGUAAUUAUUCCUGAACGCAGAGAUGCAAUUAACAGCCUACGAAUUCGCAUUCCUUUGCGCACAUACGGUAAGGUUAUUCCUGACAACGUCUUGACGACUCUAGCUGCGCUAAAGAGCCUGCGGGCUCUCGAGGUUAUCAUCGUGGUGUAUUGUAGCGAAAGCUACAAUCGCAAUCCGGAUGUUACAGAAGCUGCGUUUCGAAAGUUGAGUAAUAUCCACUGGGAGCUCUUAAAAGGAUGCCUUAGGGAGUUUAAGCUAGAAUUUCAAUGGGCGGUGGUGAACUUCCAGUGGCCAGCCCGGUCCUUCCCACUUUACACGACGUUAAUGGACAAUGCGAGAUUGAGACGCUUGUCUGCUAAGGCUAGGGAGCUGUUGGAAUGCUAG